AGUCAUCAGUUUGUUUUCGUCAUUGCGUUGGUGUACAGUUCGUUAUUUCUCACGGUAUUUGGACUUAACGCCGUUCAAGUGGCAACAAGUAUUGAAUUUAACGGCUUCUUAAACAUCUUGUUAGCCACCAAUAGCAGUUGUCUGCUUAGAUCAUCUGUGUUACAUCAUACAGCAUAUUUUUGGUGUCACCAAUUAGGAAAAGAAAUUUUCUAUUCACUGGAUAUGUGAAGAUAGAGUCAUGCCAUCUACAUCUAAAUUUAUUGUGGAACGGAUGCAAUCACCAGCUACUGCUACAAAAAGCCCAACUGCAAAAAGAAAAGAAGCAUUAGAAAGAAUACAACGUUUUAAUCCAAUUCAGUCAAGUAAAGAAGGUUGUACCCAACCAGUUGGCUUUGUGAAAGGUGGUGUUCAACAACAAUUAGAAGGCGGAGAAAUUAUCGAAAUAAAUAACAAUCCAGUUUCCUCCUCUACGAGUGCCGAAAAUGCGUCGAGUGAACCACGAACGAAUCCAUUGGGGGAAUUUGGCGAAUGGGAGAAACACACGAAAGGCAUCGGAGCAAAGCUUCUAUUGAAGAUGGGUUAUAAACCGGGGCAUGGACUUGGAAAGAGUUUACAAGGAAGAAGCCAACCUGUGGAAGCUAAGGUUCGCAAAGGAAGAGCAGCGAUUGGAAGUGAAGAGUUGCCGCCGUUACAGCCACCUCCCCGUUACCAAAUUCCGCAGCCACCAAUUCAACUACAGCAAAGAAUCAAGAAAAAUUCAAAGAAAAUAAAAUGGAACCUACUAGCCAGUCAGAGACAGAGGCACAUCGCUAUGGAAUUGUCUCUUUCUCCUACAGAAAUUCAGAAUUAUCACACAUCAAAUAACGUUCCAACGUCAAACCGCAGUCGUGUUACAAUAGAAAGACCGCCCGAUGUUAUUUGUAUUCAGAGUUCCGAUGAUGAAGAUUGUCUGAUUCUGUCUGAUGUCGAGAAUUCGCGUAACGUUUUAGCCUCAGGCGAAACAAGUGGAAUCAGUCCUAGCUCUUCAUUAAGAAAUUCGGGGGUAGCUGACGUUGUUUGCAUUUCGAGUUCAGAAGACGAAGAUUGUCUGAUUUUGUCUGAGACUGAAAACGUUCCUUCUGAAGAGGUAGGGGCCCUGUCACCCACCAACAAACCAUCUGCCACUUUCUUAUGGAAUCGCUCAAACUUGUCACGGACGCAACGCAGGCUGAGAAAAACACGAUUGAAAGAAUGGUCUUUACGGAGGAAGACUCGCCGCAAUGUUACCAACCCUUGAAUCUUUAUUUACGUGUUCGUUAUUGAUGUUGUGCAUUAAUUAGACGAACUUUCAUUGUUGCGGGGUAGAAAGCAAGUUAAUGAACAAGAGGAGGAAAUCACGUUUUAUUUGAAAUGUAACGGCAGGUUGAAUGCAGAAAAACGAUGUAAAUAAGUAAAAAUGUGUAAAUGCGAUCGAAACCCAGCAACAUUGAUGCUCUUAUUUUUGAAAAAAAAAAUGUGUUUAUGUUUCGAGAAGUCGAAUAAAAAACAAUUCCUAUUCCCUA